AUGCCUCCGAGACAGAUCUCACGGGAAGUGUUCUCGAUUGACGGUCAGUUUGGAAAAUACAUGACUUCGCUGUCAACUCCGAGCAGACUUACGCUGUUAAGAGGAGCUCACCAGAUCCCUCACCAAAUAAAGUUGAUUUCUCCUGGUACAAAGACUUCCCCUGAAUCUCCACCUCCGGGACACACUUGCGCCUUCGAAAUUUUCUUUUCAGAAUGUGGGCUUUUCUUUCCACUUCCCGACAUCCUGAUCGAUCUUAUGCACGAGUUCGGGAUCGCCCUCCCUCAACUAUGUCCGAACGUAAUUCGGACAGUGUUAUGUCUUCUUACUCUGGCGGAAGAAGAUGGUUUCCGACUCGCGCUGUCCGACUUCCUUCAGUUAUAUGCAGUGAAGAAAAGUCGGACUAACAACACUUUUUUCCUAUCACCUCGGAAAGGUUUUCGAGUCUUCGAAGACUUCCCAGAAAAAGAUGAACACUGGAGAAAGUCUUACUUCUUCUUUCCUGUGAAUGAACUCACUUACGAGGAGAAGUCUGAUUUAUUUGUAUCUGACUGGACAACUCGGGCGGUGAAGGUUACCAUUCCUCCCGUUUCUCGCACAUUUGCAUCUCACUUCUCGAACUUUUGCCGUCAUGACCUUGGUUGGGAAGCUCUUACUUCGGAUCGAAUCCGAGCAUCUGGCAAACGACUUCGGACCCGUCCUGACCUUGCUAUCUCUUCACCUCCCUUUUCUCCUCGUAUAUUUUGCAAAGCUGAGAUGUCUGGACCAUCGUACCGAGCUGAGAAGAAGCGUGAGAGGGAAAGAGCUGACCAGGAAAAGGCCAGGAUCCUGUCUGACAGGGUCGUGAUGUCGGGGACCCUUGAGGACAGCAAACUCCGAGCUGCGGAGAAAGCCAAGCAUCUGGUGACCGACAACAAGGUCAAAUCUCGCCAGGAGCCUGGAAAGACCCCGACUUCUGCUACGAAAAAUUCCGGAGCUCCGACCUCCGAAGCAGGGAGCCUUGCCAAGAAGCCGCAAAGCAAAGAUUCGGCGACGCGGGAAGCCGAAAAGAAAAGGAAGAAACCUGAAGACGACUCCUGCCCUUCGCCUCGCUCAUCUUGUCCCCGUCUUGAAGAGAAGAAUACUGGUGCGGGAAAAACUAAAGAAGACCCGAAAGAGGUUCCUCCAAGCCUCGUAGUUCUUUCGUCUCAGGAAUCUGAAGCUCGCAGGUCGGAACCUCGUAGCACUCCUCCUCCAGCUCCCCCGUCUUCCUUUGCCGACAUCAUGAGGACUCUCGUGGCCCCUGGUUCUGCCAUCGCCCCCUUCGAUGAAAUGAAAGAGGUGAACAAGGACAACUACCUUCGCUUCGCUGGGAAACUCGGCAAGCUAAUCCUGGAAUUCAACUCCGUCUUCUACAGUCAUGAAGAUCAGCUUUCUGACAAAGAUAGCGAACUCGACAACUUCAGGCGAAGUGAAGACGAGAACGCUCAUACGGUGGAGAGGGCCAGCAGAGUGUUGAAGCGUAUGAAAGACGUUGAACCCCGGAUCCAGGAACUCGAGGUGAACAACAUUGACCUCAUGGCGAAACUAGAGCUAAGGAAACUUGAAGAGGAGCAGGCCGGGAAAAUUGACGUCGCCAGGAAGGAAGAAAGGAAGAAGGUCAAAGCUCGAUUUCACGAGUUCUCAUCGAAGUAUGGGAACUUCUUCCGGCAGUCCGAAGAGGUUAAAACGCUAAAGGUCCGCGUAGCAGAGACCAGAGCAAACCGGGAAUUGCUCGAGGAGAUUCAGAAGGGGGAAAUCCCCGACAUCGAUGUGGAGCUUGAGUCGGUUCGUGCUGACGAAGCAAAGUUCGUGCAACGAGCUGCCGAACAGAAGACUCCCCGACCUGACCCUGUUGAGCUUACCUUGCUCCUAGCUGACACUCCCCCGGAGAUGACUGCGGAAAACGCUACUCAAGAUGAAGCGAUAGCGAUCAACGAAAGGGGUUCCAACAAGGGUUCGACCUCGGAGGCUGGAAUCGUGGCUAUGUUCCCGGUCGAUGUUGAAAAAGAGUCCGAGCAGGCGGAAUAA